AUGGGAAACAAGGACAAGACAGUUUACAUAUGCUUAUUUACUUGUGCAAGCACACGAGCUAUACACCUUGAAAUUAUCACAGAUUUAACGGAGAAAGCCUUUAUACUAGCUUUUCGUCGCUUCAUUAGCAAAAAAUCAACACCAAAGAUUAUGAUAUCCGACAACGGAACAACUUUUGUAGCUGCGUCGGAAACAAUACGGAAAUUAACAACGUCAGAACUAAUUGAAGAAAAACUCGGAGAACAUGGUACUGAAUGGAAGUUUAUACCAAAGAGAGCACCAUGGUUUGGAGGUUUCUGGGAGCGGAUGAUUGGAAUUGUUAAAGGAGCUAUCUUCAAGGUUCUUAACAAGGCCUACAUAUCAAUGGAGGAAUUACAGACCCUUGUGUCAGAAGUAGAGAUGAUGAUCAACGACCGGCCGUUGACCCAUGUAUCAACGGAUGUAAGAGACCCACAGCCACUCACCCCAUCACAUUUACACUAUGGCCGGAGGAUUUCCUCUCUUCUGUUUAUCCAGAUGAUAGACAUAUCAUCGACGGAAAGUAUACUUCACAUACUGCCAUAA